AUGACAAAAUACAAAGCAUACAUCAUGAGCAUCCGUGCAGCCAUAGAACGUAAGAUCAAAGUACUAGAGGUAUAUGGGGAUUCGACAUUAGUGAUAUAUCAACUCAAAAGUGAAUGGAAGACGAGAGACUCCAAAUUGAUCAGUUAUCGAAAGCUAGUUCUCGAAUUAGUUGAGGAGUUUGAUGACAUCACCUUCUGCUACCUCUCGCGAGAUGAAAACCAGAUGGCCGACGCCUUGACUACUUUAGCUUUUAUGAUCAGAGUAAACAAACAAGAGGAUGUGAAACCUAUCCAGAUGAGCAUUUUUGAGGCUCUGGCUCAUUAUUACAACAUCGAAGAAGAGGAAGAGGAUGACCACCCUUGGUACCAUGAUAUACUACGAUAUGUUAAGAAUCAUGAGGACCCUGACCAAGCAACUGAGAAUUAUAAGAGGACGUUGAGAAGACUGACCAGUGGCUAUGUCUUAGAUAGGGAGAUCCUCUACUAA